UUUCUUCCGUCAAAAUUGAGAGCUAACUUCAGAUUCAUUACUUCAAACGAUAUUGAUUGAGCCAGUUUGCUGUGUGAUAAUUAUCAUACAUAAUUCUUUUAAAGUAAAAUACUAAAACAAUAACCAUGAUUGUAUUUCCAAAGGGUUGUUUCCCACCGAAUAAAACUGAAAUCGCCAAAUUGCCUUUGGUUGAAGAAGUUGCCUGCCCCGAGGCUAAAGUCGCGGUGCCGCCGCUAUCGGAGAAACCGGAGCCGCGGCGCUACCGGGUGCCCGGCCCACUGCGCCGCUUUGCUGUCAUGAUAUUCCAUUUCAUGAACAUAUCCAUGCUACUCAUCCUGUUUGUGGCUGUGAGUGUUUUCAUCUACCGCCAAUAUGUCUACACCAAUUCCAUGCGCCGCUACCGGGGGUACUGCACCAUCCCUAUCGAUUUGAAGAAUCAGGGGCAUCUGAUUGAGUCCAACUUCCAUGUGAUGCCGCUGCGCUGGUCGUCGGAGCCCGAGCUGCAUGUGGUGAGCACCAGCGACGCUGCUACCGCCGAGCGCCUGCUCAGUGUGCUGCGCGAGGAGCUCGACAUCGACCGCGAGGGCAUGACUGAGAAGAUCUCCGUCUUCAACAAUGGACAUCAAGUCAACUUCAUACAUGACUUCACCAACAACCUCACCAAUAUCGUGGACGAGGAGCGCUGCUUCAUCACGGACCUGGACCUGGAAUCUGUAUUGGUGCCGGAUGCGUUCAUCGCCAGUAUUGAGAGCGGCGGGGAGUUUGACGUGACUCGUGUGCGGUCCGGGCUGCGCGCGCUGCUGCCCGCCCUGCACGACCUCGCCUCGCUGCCCGGACUGCCCGCCUCCUGCCGCACCCGUCCCACAUACCGUCUGCAGCAGGACCGCACUCGUCUCGUUCGCAAGCGCUCAGUGGACGCCAAGCCUCACGACUACGUGCACUUCUCGGGUAAGCACAUCCAUGAGAUUGACAUCGGCAACCUGCCUCAGCUGCUGCAGCACGAGCAGAACAAAACCGCAUAAACAUCAUGUAAACUCCUAGUUGUACCCUUGACCUUUGAAAUUGGGAUUUCAAUCGAUAUUUGCUAUCGUAUUCUUAUAUCUUCUAAAUGUCUAUAAUUAAUGUUAUAUAGUUAUUUAGAUGCAGAUCUACGGACAUCAGGAUGACAUCUUAGACGAAAUAAUAUAGUCAAUAAAAAUAUCUAAAUUUAAUUGGAUAUCAUAAAUUGCUAUAUAGAAAAUGGUGAACAAUUGCCAAAGAUAAAAACCACCGAAAGUAAAAAAGAACGGAUUGGUUAUUUGAAUGAGAAUGAUACUGAAUGAUAUUCGUCCGUUUAGUUAAUUAGAGUAGGAACCCUUGACAUUCCUAAAUACUCUCUCCCCCUUUUCUCCACUGAAGUGGUUAUUAUAUGUGUGUAGGAUAAAUGUAUUAUCUCUCUGUUAUUCUUAUUCCAUGUUCAUUCCGAAUUGGUUAUUUAUUUUUUGUGAGAUAAUAUAUAAAAAUUAAUUAUUAUGUUUCUAACUGUCGGUUU